AUGUAUCUAUUAUCUCAUCAUUUAUUCCUUCCUUUCUUUGCUCAUUACCUAUCGCUACGAGUGAAAAAGGCUAAUGGUCAGCAACAACAGCGGAUACAGCUAAGUGAUACAUCAGUUGACGAAUGGCGUGGAUAUUUCAGAAAAGAACAUUCUUUAGCUAAACCAUAUCAAGGUAACGGAAUGAGUAUUCCAUAUUGGGAUAUACAAGGUACAACCAUCGUUACUGCACAGCAUGUUCGUUUAACGGCAGAUAUUCAAAGCGCACAAGGCGGAAUUUGGAAUAAUGUGCCGGUGAAUGCUCGAGAUUGGGAAUUACAUGUGAAUUUUGCAAUCCAUGGUUCCACUGGUGAUUUGUUUGGUGAUGGAGCAGCUAUAUGGUAUGUGCAAGAUCCUGGCCAAGCGGGACCUAUAUUUGGAUCAAAAAAUUAUUUCCGUGGUUUAGGAAUUUUCCUAGAUACUUACAGUAAUCAUAAUGGACCACAUGGGCAUGGUCAUCCAUAUAUCUCAGCAAUGGUUAAUAACGGUUCGCUGUUUUAUGAUCAUGACAUGGAUGGCACACAUACACAACUGGGUGGUGAACAUACAGGUUGUGAAGCGAAAUUCCGGAAUAAGCAACAUCAGACGCAAUUAUUGAUCCGAUAUGUUGGCGAUGUGCUAUCGAUCUAUACUGAUAUUUUGGGCACUGGCCAAUGGAAAGAAUGCAUGAGUGUUGACGGCGUCCAAUUACCUACGGGAUAUUACUUCGGUAUCACAGCUGCUACAGGCGAUUUGUCCGAUUAUCAUGAUAUCAUAUCAGUACGAAUGUUCGAACAAGAGUUUGCACAUGUGCAGGAUGGUACUGGUGUUACCGUCGAUCCUCGGCAGCGCGAACCGUAUGCACAAAAUGUUGCAGCACCACGUGACCAUAUAGAUCAACCACCAGCCUCAAAAUUAGGAUGGAUUGGUACUACAGUAUUAGUAAUAUUAGGUGGUGCUUUAUGCGUGUUAGUUUUAUGGUUUGGUGUUAUUUUCGUCAAUCAUCGGCAGCAAAUGUCGAAGAAACGAUUCUACUGA